GAUAGGAGAAGUAAAUAAAUACUCAAUUGAAAGAAGCUUAAUGCCGAAUUGGAAUUGCUAUGGCUAUGAGCAGAUCUUAUUACAAGUAAAUACAGUUCUUGAACGUAAAGAAUGCAGAAGUGUUUGUAAAUUAAAUUGCUUCAAUACAAGUUGAUGGAUAUUGCAACUGUAUAAUGAUCAAGACUGGAUGAAACGAGCUAAAAUGCUAUCUAUCAACAUUAAAGCAGAGUCAAAAGUACCAACCUGAUUGGGAAUUCUGCUCCAAGAACACUUCUUUGUGCUCCACCCUUCAGAUCUGGGCUCAGUUGUUGUAAUGAAAAGAUUAGUCUCUUGUUUUUUUUAGAAUUUUCUGUAUGUUUCUCUCCUUUUUUCCAUUCGUCCCCCCUACAACAAAGAGCUCAAGGAGCUCAUUUAAAGCAAACCAAAGGGCCACGUGUCGCUAUAUAAUUCGUCCAUUUUUUUAAUAUGACUUUGAAGAGUGUGCCUGGUGUUGAGGUCGGCUGUGGAUGGGAUGUGGUCAGGCCGAACCAGGCCGGUUCGGUUAUGGUCCGAUUUCGAUGGGCCGAGCUGGGCCUGUUUGUUGGACGUUUGUCUGGGCUGGGCCUGUCAUAAAUUUUCUGGGCCGAUACUGGGCUCUGUCUAGUCUUGAAUUAUUUUGAUUUGGGCUUAAUCUAUGGACUUGGACUCUCACUUGAGAACUGACUGGUCUUCUUUUUUUCUGCAGGUUGGGUUUGCUUUGGGCCCAAAAGAAAUAGCAAAGAGGCCUAGUCUUGAUCUGAUUGGUGCCCCAAAUUUUGUAGAGUUAGCAUUAGUUAUUGUAGUUAAUUAUAAUUCUUGCUUCAUUUAGAGGUCAUUACCCAAGUUGUACAAUCUUUGAUAAUAAAGCUCAUUCCACUAUUCAAUUUGUCCCAUUUCAAAUACCGAAUUCAAAUCCAAACUCGAGCAACAAAAUUUGCACUAAAGUCAUUUCUUCCAUCCAAUUGAGAAUUUAUAUGUAAGAUUUGCCACUGCUAAUCUUAACUUAAACCGGUCCUAUCUUAACUAAUUAGGCCCUAGAAUCGACUAGGAGCAAAUUUGAUAAUUGUUGAUUCAUAUUGACUUGCAACUGCUAGUCUCAACCAAACUAUCUUCAACUUCUAUUUAAAUAUAAUUGUAGUAUGACGUGACAAAAUUAUUUUCAAUAAAACAAUUAUCUCGGACAAAAUGUGGUGUCUACACCUUCAUCGGCCUUACGUGGUGCCAUUCCAUACACUGUUCUUUUCAAUGUUUCCCCUAAUUAUCAUAAACUUCGUAUUUUUGGUUGCCUGUGUUAUCCGUGGCUUCGGCCCUACUCGGCUCACAAGCUAGACCCUCGAUCUCGACCGUGUAUUUUUCUUGGUUAUUGUCCUCAACGGAGUGCCUAUCGUUGCUUUGAUCCUCAUACAUGUCACCUUUUUGUCUCGGGUCAUGUUGUUUUCUUUGAGUCUCAAUUCCCAGGUUUUCCUACUGCUCCUGUCGAGGCCCAUUCUCCUGCCUCUUGGCUCUUGGAUCUCACUCCAACAAUUGGCACUGUUCCGGCCCACUUACCAUUCUCCACUACAAGGCCAGAUCCGAGCUCCCCCCUGGCGGCGUCUCCUGCGGCAGGUCCUUCAUUAUUUGGGCCCGAGCCCACUGCGUCCUCCUUAGCGCCAGGGCCCCUGCCCGCCUCUACUCCGUCCGCUUCUGGGCCCAUGCCUCCGCCUGCAUCCGCUUCUGGGCCCGUGCCCCUCUCUACUUCCUCUUCUGGGCCCCCGCCCUCCUCGGACCACCCGGUCACUCCUCCCUCCAGGCUGCUGUCCCCUAUUGGCCCGCCUCCACCUCCAGUUCGCAGCCAUCAAAUGCUCACCCGAGCUCAGCACGGCAUUUUCAGGCCCAAGAAGCGGCUUUUCCACACUCAGCUGGCGGUUGGGCCCCCUCCUCUUGAGCCAUUAUCUGUUCAUGAGGCCCUGCAGUAUCCUGAGUGGAAUGAUGCUCUUCAUUCCGAGCAUUCCGCAUUAUUGGCUAAUUCUACUUGGGACUUGGUUCCUCGCCUGCCUCAUUAUCACGUUCUUGGCAAUCGCUGGGUCUAUCGUGUCAAGCAUCAUCCCGAUGGCUCUAUUUCUUGGUUCAAAACGAGGCUUGUUGCCAAGGGUUUUUAUCAACGACCGGGUCUCGACUUCACUGAUACUUUCAACCCUGUUGUCAAACCCGUCACCGUCCGAACGGUGUUCACCUUGGCUCUUUCCCAGUCCUGGCCCAUAGCCCAGUUUGAUGUUAACAAUGCGUUUCUUCAGGGUCCUUUGGAGGAAGAGGUUUACAUGGUUCAGCCGCCGGGGUUUGUCGACCCCUCCCGACCUCAACAUGUGUGUCGUCUUCGCCGUGCUAUCUAUGGUCUUCGUCAGGCUCCCCGUGCCUGGUACACUGCCUUGAGUGCCUUCCUUGUUGACUUUGGCUUCCGGAAGACUGAUUCUGAUGCUUCUCUGUUUGUCUACUCUCAUGGAAAGGUACUCCUCUAUUUCUUGGUCUAUGUUGAUGACUUAUUGCUCACUGGCAACGACCCUGGCACUCUCGCCUCCUUCCAGCAUGCCCUCUCUCACCGGUUUUCACUCAAAGCUCUCGGGGAUGUUAAUUAUUUUCUGGGCAUUGAGGUUAUUCCCACCUCCACUGGCUAUAUACUCUCCCAGCACAAGUACAUGGUUGAUAUUCUUAAUCGCUUUCAGAUGACUGAUGCUAAGUCUGUUGACACUCCCCUAGCGGCUUCCACCUCUCUCACUCUCGAUGAUGGGACUCCUCCUACCGAUGCUACUCGGUUUCGUCAGGUUAUUGGUGCUCUCCAGUAUCUUGUCUACACUCGCCCUGACAUUGCCUACUCUGUCAACAAGCUCUCUCAGUACAUGCAUUCUCCGAAGUCUUCUCAUUGGCAGUGUGUUAAGAGGCUACUCCGCUAUGUCUCUGGCACCCUCACACAUGGUCUCUCCAUUCGUCGCUCUCCUGGUGCAUUGUCCCUCUCAGCCUUUGCGGAUGCCGACUGGGCCGGCAAUCUUGAUGAUCGGUCAUCCACUUCUAGCUAUCUCGUUUACCUCGGCUCCACCCUCAUCUCUUGGCGUUCACAGAAACAGCGUACUGUUGCUCGCUCCAGCACUGAGGCCGAGUACCGAGCCAUUGCUAAUGCCACGGCCGAAUUGGAAUGGGUCCGCAAUCUUCUUCACGAGCUACAUCAUCCCCUAGCUGCCGCCCCUACCGUUUACUCUGACAAUCUAGGCGCCACAUACUUAAGCUCCAACCCGGUCUUUCACUCUCGCAUGAAACAUCUCGCCCUCGACUAUCAUUUUGUUCGCCAGCUGGUCCAAGCUGGCCGUCUUCAGGUCUCCUACGUUCCCACGACAAACCAACUGGCCGACGCUCUCACCAAACCGUUACCGGCCACACGCUUUCUUCUUCUCCGAGCCAAGAUCGUUGACACCUCCUCCGUCUUGCGGGGGCGUAUUAGGAAUAAAUGAUUUUUUUAUUUUAUUCUUUUAUUGUUUUUCUCCAUAACUUUCUGUUCCUACAUUUCUGUGUAGUGCCUACGUGCAACGGUUGUAUCUCCUCCAAAACUUGUAUAUUAGUUUACAGAAUCACUCAAUGAGAAUCAGAUCAGAUUUUCCUCAAUUCUAAAAUUCCAUACUUUCUCACAGAAAUAGAGUUUGGGUAGAAUAUAUAGAAUAAUCUGGUAUAUUUUUUUUUUCUUUUUCCAAAAUUACUCUAGAGCAAUCUUAACCAUGAGAUAAAAAAAAAGAGAAAAAUAAAUGGUGGGUAUUGAUGUAGCCACGAUGGCUACUAAAAUUCAGUUACCGCCGUCAUGCAUUCCCCUAAAACGGCAUCAACUGUCCAAGCUAAAACCACAGGAUCACACUUAUUUAUACGCGUUUGAUUCAUUGGACAACUUAGCCAAUAAUGUGUGGUGGUGAAUUUUUGUUUUGGGUCCUUUUUUUCGAGAAUGUCGUAAGCUAAUCAAGUAUUAUCGUCAUUAUAUUGUGUUUAGAGCGGUUCUGAUUACUGUCAAAAGGAACAAGGACAAUGGGUCCAAAAGUAAAGAACAGCAAAGUCCACAAGCAAAGGAUAUCAAAUUAUCGAUCGAAAGUGAUGGGGUGGGUGAAGGGAGAUAUUCAUAAUAUAUUACAAGGCUUUCAAUUGCAUGUGAUUCAGGGCGAUAAUGGUCCCCAAAUAUACAAGAAAGGGCCAUGAAUGAACACCAUUGCAGCCGUCCUUGUUCUAUUGAAUGCACACCAGGCCGGCCUCAAAUCGGUUGACACUUGAUACAAAGUGGGUGGGGGGAACUUAAUUGGGAGGUUUACAUAUUAAUUAAUUAAUGAGAUUCUUAAUUAAUUGUGCUUGUAUGUAUGAGUGACUUCGUUUAAAAAAACAUUACAUAAAUUUAAUUUUACCGUACAAAGUUCCGUAUAUUUUCAUACAAAUUUCUUUAUGAUGCAAACUAAGUAUGUGUAACGGAAUAUUGUGAUACAAAUUCAAUUUAUUCUUAUAUUGUUUCGUACAAAUUUUUCGAUGAUACAUGCAUAAUUUAUAUUUUCAACAUUACAACACAGAUUCAAUUUUUUUACCCCAAAACACCAAUGCAUUAGCAUGGUAAUUAAAGUUCCUCUUAGUUAAUUACUGCUAAUCAAUGUUAAGAUCACAUCCCAGAAGCCAAAAGUAGGCGGGGUAUCUUUUGGUACUACCUUCAGAUAAACAAUUAGGGUAUGCAGUGCAGAUCAAUCAGAAUUAAUGGAUGAUUAUUAAUUACACAAUUUCGUGUUUAUAGUUUUCAAUUUGGAAAGCUGACCCGCGGGGCCACGGGACGGGUGUAUACUGUCGGUGAAGCUUCAAUAUGGAUCCUUGUAGUAAGGCUCACUAUUUGGUCCGGACGGUUUGGUUUUAUCCGAAAUCGGACCGUAUAAUCCCGACCGAGACGGGAUAACAAACAAUUCAAUCUCAUAUUCGGGUUUAGAUUUGUGAUAUGAAAUCAUUUGGGAUCUGAUCGAAAAUCGGAUAUAGACUGAAUAAGAGACCCCAAUACCCAAAACUUAACCAACUCCUCACCCUUUGAGGCCUCAUGCCAGUCAAAUCUCCACAAGUUCAAUCUAAAAUCAAGACUGAAUUGGGACCGGACCGGGUCAAGACAUGACCAGAUCAAAACCGGACUAUAUCCAAUCCAAUCUCUGAUCCUUAUAUUCCCGAAAAGACCAAAUUGGGACCGGAUCAAUUCGGAUCAAUUUAACCGGACCGGACCGUAUAUCCCCUCCCUACCCCUAUAGUAUAUUAAUGCCAAGGGGUAAGAAGCUUGAACAAGGGGCCACUAGCCAAGGGCUAAUUAUCUUCUAAAAAAAGAAAAUGAUAGUACCUAGAAGUUGUUAUCUUCGAAGUAGGGGCCAAUGAAAAAGGUUGGGUAGG